AGCCCUCAUUACAUCUGGAGAAAAAAUAACUAGAGAAUUGCAAGCACAGAGAGAGAAAAAUGCAGAUGACAUCUCUGCUUGGAGUCACCUUCUUGGCUCUCAUCAUCUCGCCAGCCAUGGGAAAAACUUUCCAGCGUUGUGAGCUGGCAAAGCUGCUUAAGGCAUCUGGGAUGGAUGGAUACAGAAGAGUCAGUCUUCCUAACUGGGUCUGCAUGGCAUCAUUUGAGUCUAGAUAUGACACCAUGGCAAGGAAUUAUAACAGGGACGGCUCAACAGAUUAUGGUAUCUUUCAGAUUAACAGCCGUUGGUGGUGUGAGGAUGGAGAGACACCAGGCUCCAAGAAUGCCUGUAAAAUUUCUUGUAAUGCACUGCAGAAUGAUGACAUCACUGAUGACAUUAAAUGUGCCAAGCGAGUGGUCCAGGACCCCAAUGGAAUGAGAGCCUGGGUGGCUUGGAGGCUUUACUGUGCUGGAAAAGACCUUACGAAAUACUUAGAAGAUUGUGACCUGUAAUGAAGAUAUACAAGAUGCACCACUCCUGCAGCUGAACAACCAGAACAACUUAGCUUUCCUCUACAUAUUGCUUCAAAAUGAACUAAUGUAUUGAACUGCCCUAACUGUCUUCAAUUCCCUGCUUUUCAAAUCCUAUUUGAAGCCUUAAAUAAACCUUAACUGA